AUGGUUCAGGUGUGGAAGACUACCAACCAGGAGGGUGAGCGCUCUGUGUCAGGAGACGGGCAGGUGGACUUCGAUGAGUUCAUGACGAUCCUAGGACCCAAGCUCCUGUCGUCUGAAACCAGGGAGGGCUUCCUUGGGAGCACGAUAGACAGCAUAUUCUGGCAGUUUGACAUGCAGCGUAUCACCCUUGAAGAGCUGAAACACAUUCUGUUCCACGCCUUCAGAGACCACCUGACCAUGAAGGACAUCGAGAACAUCAUCAUCAACGAGGAGGAGAGCCUCAACGAGAACUCGGGACACUGUCAGGCAGACUUUGAAGGAAUCCAUUCUAAAAAUAAGAACCGGCAGACGUGCGUGAGGAAGAGUCUGAUCUGCGCUUUCGCCAUGGCCUUCAUCAUCAGUGUCAUGCUCAUCGCAGCCAAUCAAAUGCUGCGGAACGGCCUGGAGUAGCCACACCCGGCCACGCCCACUGUGAGCGGGAAAAACAAACCUGCAUGUGCAUGAUGACAGUGGGUGAGGUCAUUUCCAGUUUCUUUAGAAGAAAAAAACGACUUAAAAAAUGCCUCACUGAUGGUGACAUACAAACAAAAAACACUGACUGAUAAACCACCAGAUUUUUCUGGGUGAAUGACAGUCCGACAUCCAACGACACUGAGAAGCCAGCAUGAGGAGUCCAGCGAGACCCCUCAUAACCCCUUUUCUCUGGCAGGGACAUUCAAGGGCUGACUUUCGCUUACUCUGCUGUCUCUGUUCCCUAAUGCAAUAAAAACACAAGUACAGGAGUUCAGUACUCAUCUUCUCUUCCCUUCCCUACCCAGAGUCUUCAUAUGAAGGUACUUCAGAAGGCAAUUUUAACUUCUUGCCUCAGAAGGCAGAAUUCAUGGUGGAUUGAGACAGGCCCUCAGUGUAUCUGUAUAAGGCAGCAUCCUUGUGGAUUGAGACACACACACACACACACACACACACACACACACACACACACACACACACACACACACACACACACACACACACACACACACACACACACUGAAAUAAUUGGCCUGUUAUUCUAGUUUCCUGAGGGGAGGUGGAAGCCAGCUCAUCAUUGGAGCAUACAGUAAGGCUUUGGAUGCGACAGGAAUGAUGGUGUCGUCUGCUGUAGGGCUGGUGUUUAAGCUGUUCUAGAAGCUUUCAUCCGGAGUUCAGGAGUGAAAUCGGUUGGUAUUCUUGUGGCCAAUAUUUUCCCAAUAUGUAAAAUUGAAAAAUACCUCACGCUUACUUUCUCUGUGGAAGGUUCUCCAGUGCUAAACAGAACAGUGUUUGRAAGACCAUAGCUGUGAAAAGUCUGGGCUGUAAUGUACCUAUGAUCUAAUUCCUCUUGAGGUAGGUAGGUCUGAACUCCUGUAUUSUAUUGACUCUCAUGGUAAUAUUGAAACCACCUUCAGUUUUGCUGAGAGGACUGCUUGUAAUAGCUACAGUACUGCAUGUGAUUAAGUCCAACGUCGAUAUGUAAAUAUGUAUGUAACCCAUGUUGUUGUUGUCUAAGUGUAUUGGUUGACGGUGUUCUAUGUGCAUGAUUGUUGGUACAGUCGGCUCUAGCAGAUUUAGAGGUGGAGGGAAGGAGAGAGCACUGUGAAACCAGAUGCUAAUGCCUUCCACGUCACAAUACACAGGCAGGUAGACAGACAGAGACACAGAUCUCUGGCCAAAGCCAUAGAACUCAAUAGAGAUGUACUGAAUGAAGAACACUAAACGAGUGUUGUUUUCUGUUACAAAUGUGUAUUUUUGGUAGGAACAGUCCAUAAUUUGUGGGUUCCUUCACCCACCCUUUUGCACUGUAUAAUAAUUUCCAUCUAUCCCCAUGAGCAGAGAGGAGAGUAGAAUCACAGACUGGUGUAAGAGCCCCAUCUAGAGUUUGGCUCAAAAAUUCUGAUAUUUUUUGUAACACAGUGUGCUCUCCUAGCUCUGGUCCAGGGUGUUAGUGCAGCCUGCAAACCCUUUWAWWUUUUUUAUUUAUUUCAGCUUUAUUUAACCAGGUA